AUGAUUGUUAUAAGCGCCGCCUCGGUAUCAAGUAAAUCAGUGGAGUAGUCCUCAACGUAUGCUUAUUGAUGUCCAAAGGACGUACUAUCUUAACCAAAUGCACACUUACAAAUUAUCAUCUCCUAACUGCAAACCCGCCAUGAAAAACAACAUUUUUGGUUUUUUUCCUCCAUCUUAACUAUUGUGACAGACUCCUACGAUUUCAAUCACAUAAGUUGCAAGAACGUCAUCACAAAAUCACUAAUUCUGCCAUUGCAAUUCCUUUUUUAUUAACAAAAUGUUUUUUUAAAUAAAAAAACAGGGUUGGAUUCCAAUGGAAAUUUAAAGCAGCUAUGAGACACCGAGCAAAAACAACAUGGGGCGUAUAUAGAACGAGAUUCCUGCUAUGUAAACCAACUGUCAGAUAUCAUCUUUCAUCUGUGCGGAUGUUUUUAAUCGGGAAAUAAGCAUGGUUUUAGACAGACGAUGAGAACAUGAAUAUAGCUGGCUGUUAUAGAGUCACGGAAAUAUCAUAUCACUAGCAAACACCAGCAUAUCUAAAGGCAUUGAAUACUAUCGUGACAUCUACAGGUAUCCGCCACUGGGACAUAUCUAGUCAAUUAUCUGCACACCCAAAUACCGGAAACGGUGACAAUUAGUGGCAUAUUGGCUGUAAAAAUGCUACAAAAAACACCGGAUCGUGAUUAUAUGCUUACUUUCCAACUGUAGCAUUUGUCUCAAGUAAGCAUUGCUUGCCCGUUGGCGACGCAUCUUAUCCUCUAUCGUGCUAGGACAGUGGAUUCUAAUAUUGCAUCUCGUAUAGAAUCAUCCAACACUGAACUGUUGGACUGCUUAGUCCGUAAUUUGAUUGAGCAACCUGAAUAUAAUUCGUCAGCUGUGGCCUUCGACGAAAUCUUGCUUGGGAGUAAGUAACUGCAAAGUAUCUUUUUUAUAACUUCACAUGAAGGCUUCCAAACAAGGGCUUGGAAUUCAAGAGUAAGCCGUGUGGGCAAGUGUGCACUACACAUUAAAUUAAUACUAGGUACACGUCCAUAAUGUUGAUAUAAUGCAAGAUCUUAGUUGAAACAUGCCUGCCUCAUGCUGCCUUGCUUUAUUGGUAGGCGUUCAAACCUGCUACCUCGUUAGUGGUGAUUUGAUUGGUUCAUGUUUCAUUCCGAACAUUGUUUUUAACGUCAAUCAAGCCUAUUUUGGUAACGUUAUGUGCGUCAGUCAGACGAAUUCAGAAAAUGUAUAAAUAUAGGAAACCUAGAAGCGUUUCACUUACACAAGAAGACUAGAAAGUAAGUUACAGCAGCAUCAUGCUCCGACAUCUUCCCGCUCUUGGGUGAUUGUAUCGUGUGCAUUUAUAUUAUAAUAUUUCAUUGCACUGACAGUAACUUUACCGCAUUUUAGUGCCAUUAUUUACACUUGGCAUUUUGUGCGCAUUCUUCAUUAUAACAUUUGGUAAGUACCUUGACAAUAUUAGAUGUUCCUUAAUAACUUGGUUCGCCAUAAUUUUCGAAAAAGAAUCAAUCGUGUGUACCUGAAUGCUUGUUUGCCUAUGCUAACUUCUAGGUAAUUACGAUAACACUUUCCAUGUACAACCGAAUGCAAACUUUACAGUCAUGUGGCUUUCUGCAGGAAAGCCGACAGUGAGUCUCCAUAUUCAUGCGAUAAGCUGCCUUUGUCUAAAAUUUUAAGCUUUUUAAUUUUUAAAAUUGUCAUUUGGUAUGGUGCUUUUGUAGUCAGUUAUGCUAGGGAAUAUGUCAGUUCCGCAAGGCGACCGCUCAAAUCCUUGCAAAGUUGGAGAAUUCUGCUGGCAGUUGCUGAGUGGUAAGUAUUUGCUCACAACAGGUCUUCCUUUCGAUCAAUUGUCAUCCUAUAACUCCCUCCUAUUUGACACUUCUGAUUGUUAAGAUGAAGGUGACAAAUUUAAAGCCUGCUAUAAAAACAUGCGUUUGCUUUUUAGAUAAGCAAUACUCAUCGCUUCAGGCACAAUCAGUGCCUGGAAAUGGAAGUAUUUUUUAA